GUGCGGACGGCGGCGGGCUGGCGACCUCGUGCCCGGCAGUCGCUAAGACGCGGCCUCGAGGGGGACGAUGGAGCCGAGCGCUGAGAGGGCCCGGGCGGACGAGCCGGACCCGGAGCCGGACGAUGCUGCCCUGCUGCCCGGUCCGCAGCCCUCCUGCUGCCAAGGGCUCUGCUCAGCUCGCUGGGGGCUGGCUGUUGUCCUGCACAUCACCCUCUUUAUGGUGUACGCACUCCGGGUCAAUCUCAGCAUGGCCAUCGUGGCAAUGACAAAUGCCACCCACCCCAGCAACCAGGCCAACGUCUCCGUUGAAGUGUGUUCUAACCGCUCGCACGCGUGGUCCGAUGGCUCCCACCCAGCAUUCGCCCAUGGGGCUCCUGUGUACGACUGGAGUGCCGAGACCCAGGGCAUCAUCCUCAGCUCCUUCUUCUACGGCUACAUCUUCACCCAGAUGCUUGGCGGUUACUGGGCAGGGACACUGGGUGGGAAGGUGGUGCUGGGCUGCGGGCUGUUCCUCACUUCAGCUCUCACCCUUUUCAUGCCGCUGGCGGCAAAACUGGGAGUCGUGUACCUCAUCGGGCUCCAGGUGCUGCUGGGCCUCGCAGAGGGGGUGAUAUUUCCAGCGCAAUACACGCUAUGGGCAAAAUGGGCUCCCCCCAUGGAACGCAGCAGGCUCAUGAACAUUGCAGAUGCUGGAUGCACCUUCGGGACCUUCCUCACUUACCUUGCAGCCGGGUUCAUCUGCCAGUGCCUGGGGUGGCCCUACGUCUUCUACAUCUUUGGCAGCAUUGGCUGCGUCUGGAGCAUGUUCUGGUUCCUUCUGGUCUAUGAAGAUCCUGGCUGUCACCCUUGCAUUAGUGCCCGCGAGAGGGAUUACAUCAUGUCGUCCCUGGCCAGUCAGGGCUGUUCUCAUGGCUGGUCCCUCCCACUCAAGGCCAUGGCGAAGUCACUGCCCCUAUGGGCGAUUGCUGUGGCCUGCUUCUGCACCGACUGGCUCUUCUACACACUGCUGACAUCCAUGCCGACGUACAUGAACAAUGUUCUGCACUUCAACAUCCAGGAGAAUGGACUCCUCUCAGCACUGCCUUAUGUUGGCAAUGGCCUGGGUCACAUCCUGUCGGGGCUGCUGGCAGACUUGCUCCUCUCCAGGCAUGUGCUCAGCACAGCUGUGGUGCGGAAACUCUUCUCAGCAGUGGGGAUGCUGCUGCCAGGCGCCUUCCUAGUGGCUGUGUCCUACAUCGGCUGCAACUACACAGCUGCUGUGGCCUUUCUCACACUGUCCUUGACUGUGAACAGCAUGACUGGGGCAGGCCUGAACAUCAACCAUAUUGACAUUGCCCCCAGGUAUGCCGGGUUUCUGCUGGGGAUCACAAACACCUUUGGAAUAAUAGCAGGGAUCAUUGCUCCCACUGCGGUCGGAUUCCUCACCAGCCAGGACCUGGUGACUGGCUGGAGGAACGUCUUCUUCCUGUCGGCAGGGAUCGAUCUCUUUGGCCUCCUGUUCUACGUGGCCUUUGGCAGUGGAACCAUCCAGGAUUGGGCUAAAGAGGAUGUUGCCAACCAGUGAGCAGCUGAGUCAGGCUGCUGUGUGACAAGGGUGUGGGAUGAAACAUGCUCCAGGGAACAUAGGUUAGUCAAGAUAUCCCAGCCCUGUCCAGCACCUGAAUAGAAAGUGCCAGGCAUUUGUGUAGCCAGCCAGCUGUGUCCUGGAUUCCCACGCCCUUCCCCAGGCUUCACGUGAUCAAAGCACAAGUGAGCACAGUAGGGUGAACACAAGAGGUCUCCUUCCAAGAUGCUUAGUUGGAGGUAGGCUCCUUUUCUGCUCUGAAUUUAUUUACCCAGGUUGAGUUAGAAUUUCACCUCUCUGCAGCAGAGUGCCUAUUUUCAGCCCCCUUUCUUGGGAUGGUGGCUUAGUUCAUGGUGCGUUUUUAUUACUGGUGCAUUUUUAUACUAUAAGCAGCAGAGCUUAGCCUGUUACCUCAAGACAGUUUCCCUCUGGUGCCUCCCUUAGUGACUGCAGUGAAAGCUGCCUCUUUCCUGCCCCGUGACACCAGCUCAUGUCUGGUUAAGAGGCCAAACUAGAAUUAAUCCCCAUUCACAGGAUAAUGCUGUUACUGCUGGUAACCUCUUGGCUUGAGGGUUGCUAGGGGGAUCCCAGUCAUGCCCACCCCUCCCAGAAUUGCAGUA